CUCAGUUUCCAAGUUUCAAAAGUAUAAGAAAUUUUUUCCGUCCACAGUGACUGUCCGAUGUCCCGAUUCGGAGGAUAUUGUAACCGAUCCUCCUAAGGGUCACUUUUUCGGGGUGCAUAUUCUUUCCAUAAAAUUAGGAUUCCGCUUUCCCACACACCCUUUGAUUAUCGAGUUUUUAAAUGAUCUUGAAAUUUCACCUUGUCACUUGACUCCGCUCGGUCAUCAGUAUCUGGUAGCUUUCCUGGUCCGGUGUGAGACACUUGGGAUUGAACCGUCCCUAGACCUCUUCAAGCACAUGUUCCGAGCUGGGCAGUGCUCGGCAUCUGAUAGUCUGUCCUGGGUGUCUAUCUCUCAGCGCAACCACUUUGACAUGUGGAAGAUCACUCGUAGCAACGAAGCCAAUUGGAAAGAAGAAUUUGUCUAUGUGUCGUCUGGAUCUCCGUUACCUUUUUCAUCGUCUUUGAAUUGUCGAUUUAAGAAGUAUUC